AUGCCGCCGCCACCGACGCCGGCGUUGAAUGGCAAUGGGGUCGUCGGGAAGCCUGCAGAUGAACUGAACGGAGCGAAGGAGCCCAAGUACGCGAGUGGGCUCAUUCUACCUCCCCCAGAGAUCAAAUCCGUCAUCGACCGCACCGCGCAAUUCGUCGCGCGCUCGGCGAACCCGCCCCAGUUCGAGGAGAAGAUCCGCGAGAACCAGCGUGGGGACCCCAAGUUUGCGUUCCUCAACCCGGCGGACCCUUACCAUGCUUACUACAGACACCGCAUGGACAAGGUCGUCCGCGGUGAGCUGGAGGAGGAGGCCGCCCCGAAGGAGGAGAAGGCCCCGGAGGAGGUCGUCGAGGCCGCCCCCGUGGACAUGGGCGAGGAGCCCCCCGUGCCCGACUUCAUCCUGAACAUCCCGAACAUCAGCGCGAUUGACCUGGACAUCAUGAAGCUUACCGCGCUGUUUACGGCGCGACGGGGGCGUCCAUUCCUCGCGGCACUAUCGACACGAGAGGGGAGGAAUUAUCAAUUUGACUUCCUGCGGCCGACGCACUCGUUGUUCGGGUACUUCAACAGGUUGGUGGAGCAGUACUCGAGAGUCCUCCUCCCUAGUAAGGAGAUGCUCGCGCAGCUUAAGGAGCGCACGCAAGACGGUGCGCGGUGGAAGGAUCUCGAGCUUGCGCGGAAACGCGCGCGUUGGCAACAGAUGAAGGCGGAGCUGGACAAGAAACGUGAAGACGACAAAGAGGCCGAGAGGACUGCAUUUGCUGAAAUUGAUUGGCACGACUACGCCGUCGUGCAGACGAUUGAGUUCACGGCUGCUGACGCCAACGCAGAGCUGCCGCCACCCAUGAGUGUGCAGGAAGUGGAGAACAUGACGCUUGCGCAGAAACGUAUGGCAGCGAUGAUCAUGGAGACCACUGCCGAUGACAUCGAGGCGCACCGUGCACGGCAGGCCGCCGCGGAAGCAGAGGCUGCUGCGGCAGUUGGCGGUGCUGGUGGCGCACAGGACGACGACGACACGGCAAUGGAACAAAGCGACGACGAGGAUGACGAGGUCAAGGACCGCAAGCGUCGCGAUGACGAGGAACGUCGUAUGGAGAUCGAACGCGCAAGAGCUGUUCAGGCUAGCUCAUUGGAAGCGGGCGGUCCGAUGAAGAUUCGGACGGACUACGUCCCCAAGCUCGGAAAGAAGGGCGGCGAGAAGCUCACUACGUGCUCCAUCUGUGGGCAGCAAAUCCCCGUCGACGAGCUGCAGGAGCACAUGCGUAUCGAGCUGCUCGACCCGAAGUGGAAGUCGCAGCGCGACGCGCUCGAGGCGCGCAAGGCCCAGGCGUCCGAGCUGCAGCGCGGCGCGAACGUCGUGUCCUCGCUCAAGAACCUCGCGCGUACGCGUGUGGACAUCUUCGGCGCGGAGGCGGACGAGGAGAAGCGCAAGAAGGAAGAGGAGGAGGAGCGACUGCGCAGGCGCGAGCGCGAGAAGGUCGUCUGGGACGGCCACACCGCGUCCAAGGCGAACACGGUCGACAAGUUCUCGACGAACGUCAACUUCGACGAGCAGAUCGCCGCUAUUCAUCGUGCGAAGGGUCUGGGACCACAAGAUGCCAAUGCAAUUGGGCCUGGCAUUGGCCCUUCAGCUGCGCCUGCAGCUCUCAACUCACUUCCUCCUGCUCCUCCAUCGUUGCCCCAGCCACCCUCAGGAGUCGGUGCUGCCGCGAUGAACCCUGCCUACUCCGCCGCCACUGUGUCGUCUGGCCCGCAACCCGCCUCGAUGUUCCCGCAACCCGCUCCCGUCAUGCUACCGCCCCUACACUACCAGGGUAUGGACGCAGCCCAGCCGUUCGGCUACCAGCCGCCGCCCGCUGGUGCGCCCAUGAUGCAUCCGGCUCGUGCCGCUGCGAUGGCUGCGCCCAUGCCGACCGGUCCCCAGACGGGCCAGGUGCGGACUGCAGACGAGAUGGAGGGCGGCCAGGAUGACGGCGUUCCACCCGCGAAGCGGCAGCGCGUCGCCAAGCUGCCUGGGGGCAACUACUACCCCGAGCAGGACUGGAUCAACAUGCACCCCCACCCGAUCUCACUGCGCGUGCAGCUGCCAAGCGAGCCCGCACGGCCGGACUGGAAGUUCGACGGGAACGUGGUGACGAUCCCGGACCUGCCGCUGAACUUGCUCGUGUCGACGCUGCGCGACCGCAUCUUGCAGCACACGGGGAGUAUCGUGGGCGCGUCGAAGAUCCGGCUGGCGUACGACGGGAAGAUGCUCACGAACAUGCAGACGAUCGCGGUGUACAACCUCGAGGACGAGGACCUCAUUGUGCUGAGCGUCCGGGACGACAAGAAGAAAAAGUAG